GCGCAUUUGCCUCUAUCGCAUUGUUGAAAUAACUUUGAUGUAUCAUAAGUAAUUCUCCUUAUUCGCUUCUUGCAAGGCCGCAUGGAUUGCUGCUGCCGGCGCCGCGGUCAGAAUGAGUGCCGAGGACCUGUCGAGUCUGUCGUACAAAGAACUCCAGGCCCUCGCCUCCAAGCACAAAAUUCCUGGUAAUGUCAAGAAACAAGUGCUUGUGAAGAUCCUUCAAUCGGUUCGGUCAGGUAACAAUUCUGAGGUGACAAGGCUGCUGACUGAUGUGAGAAAGAACCGUAAGAAGAGGAUGAAAAGGUUGAAAGCCAUCAAGAAAGAGGAACAAAUGCUGAAGGUGAUGAGUCACGAUUCUAACGAUCAUGCGAUGCACAACAACUAUUUAUUGUUUUCUAUUCAUCAGCAACAGUCACAGCAAUACCCUUUCCAAUGGGUAGGUGCAGAAGAAGAGGUAAACACGUACAAGUAUGACGAUAUGAAAUACAAUUUGACAUACAAUGACAUUCGACAGUUUGUUUAUUACUCUUCUCAAAAUUCAUACGGUAAUUGCGACAACAACAAUAAUUCUACUCUCCUUGAUGAAAUAAUGGACCUUAGAACUGAAACCACAGUUUCCAAUUAUCGAUCCACUUUAGAUACUAGUCGUGUAAAUGAAAGUAAUCAACAACAGCAAAUGGCACAACCUACAUUAGAAGACAGUGCAACUCAUAAAACAAUGUUGCUCAAAAAAAUGUUGCAAGCUCCUGCUGGAGCAAACUUGGGUGCUAUUGCAAGUCCAGCUCCAAGCUGGCCUGUAGAGUCAUAUCCCCUGAGAGAGCAUUCGCCAGACAACUCGGAAACGAUGACCGCCAAAUCCGACAUCAACGAAAACGACGAAAUCUGGCAGGACAAUGGUUUGACGGCAACUACGCCCACUGGCUUGAUCUGUCAAUUCGACUCGACUCAGAAUUACGAUAGCCAUUGCUACAGAAAUGCUGACUCGUUCUACAGACCUUCCCUUGACAAUGGGAAUUCUUUGAAUUGCGAACAGCAGCAGCAGCAACAGCAGCCUUACCAGUUUGAGUUGGGCCCGCAGGCAGAUGCCCAAGAGAGCUGUCGAAGUUGGUUGGCAUCAAACUCAAGUCUGGACGUUAUGCCAACGGGAGGACCGCUUACCCUCGAAUACGACGCAACAUCGAUCACCCGUUUUGGCCCGUGCACCCCAAUUCAAUAUCACAGUCCUGAGGACGCGGACUUGCUUAAUACUACGACGACUACUCCUCAACAUCAGCAACAACAACAGCAGCAUUUGGACAAUCCCUAUUGCUUUGCCAGUGAUCAGAUGUACAGUUCGCAAGCACCCGUCAUAAACAACCUGCUGGAGCCAAGCGAGAUAGUGCCAGAGUUACCGUCGUUCGAGGAGCCACCGCCGCCACCGCGCUACCGACCGCACGACUUUUAUGACUCUGACUACAAUGGCCAGCAGCAGCAAGGGACGUCGCAGCAGCAGGCCCCGCCGCCCAUAUAUCAUGUGCACCUUGAGAACAUUGGCUACGACACCGAGUAUUAUCAGCAGAGCGUGCCCGCGCCGUUCGCUAAUCAACCCGACCCCCUGCAACAGGUGCAGCAGCAGCAGCAGCAGCAGCAGCAACAACAACAACAGCAACAGCAACAGCAACAGCAACAGCAGCAGCAACACGCGUACCCGCCACCACCGGCUUACGGCUCAGGAGUGCUCGACACCUAUUGGCCACGUUGGUCAUAUUCAGACCUUCCAGUAAUAGCGUCUCGCACAGGUGGUCGGAACUUGGAAAAUACACUGAAUUUGUGUCCACCGAACUACGUGAUCUAUUCGAAACUAACUGAGACGUGCUGCGUGUACAGCAACAAAACUCCGGUGAUGACAUUACGCAAAGGUGAAAAUUCAACGGCGAUGACACAUCAGCAAAACGUCAAUGUCGGUAGUCCUGGAGAAUUCAGGCAGCACAAUUUCUCGUCGAAUUAUCUGUUGUACGACGGUGGCUCAGUCGAUCAGAUAACCCCUGCGAGUAUCAUUUGAGGAUAAGUCAUUUCCUACUGACGGUUCUUUUCUCUAUCGGCCGUGAUAAUUUUGCUUUUCGAAACUGUUUACAUAAUUUUUCAUAAUGAUUUUUCGUUGCAGCUCACGGCUGUGAUUUCAAGUGCCAUAACUGUAAGAGUUUCGAGGAAUUUUUUUCGAUGAUAUGUAGGAUUCUGUCUUGUUACUUUAAUAGGAGUGGAGGUGAACUAGAAUUAUUUAUUUGUUGGCAAUUUACACUUUGAAUAGAUUUUACGCAGUAUUUAAAUUAGAAUCAAUAAUGAUUGCUUUAUUUAGAAAAUAAAUUAGUGUAUCUGAACGGGCAGCAUUUAUAAUUGAUAAUACAUAUGAGUGAUCAUUUGAUAUGAUCUUGAAGUGCAUUUAUUCAUUGUAAAAUGACAAUUCUAAAGAAUUCAUCUAUUCUUGUCGAUUUUUGUAUAAUUUUUUUUUUAAAUGUUAACUUUUAACACAAAGUUCUAAGCAAAUAGUUGAAAAUCCAAUAACAUCUCAUAUAAAAUGAUGAUAUAAAUGUAAGAGGAAAUAGUUGAGGCGAGCCGUUUAUUUUUCUUUUAUUUAGAAUUUGUUUAAAUUUGAUUGAUCCGUCAAUUAUGGCCUUGUUAAGUUGUUGAUGACAGAAGGUGGCUAAAGUGCAUAUUUGGACUGAAUAUCUUUUGUAUAGCGUGUACGGACAUAUGAUAAACAAAGGAGGAUAAUUAGGGUCCAAACUAAUAUUACAAUUACAUGCAUAGGUAUGAAUAUCUAUAUUUUUUUGUUACUACGAGAAUAUUCGAUUGUCUUUAACCGGAGUUGUUAUAACAGAUAUGUUCAAACGUGCCUAUAACGAUAAAUUUAAUACUCAAUUUCCAUUCAGUACUUAAUUUUGUCACCGUUAAGAUUACUUAAUUUCCGUAUUGACAUAAUCAUACAUAUUAUGUUCAAGUAUAUUUUUAUACCGAAUAAAAUUGUUUCAUUUCAUAUUUAUUUCUCGUAUUUUUUUGGGGUAUUAUUACUUGUAAAGUCGACGAGGCGGUGAUAGUCAAG